GGGGGUUUGGAAAAAUGACUCAGUAAGUUCAGCGCGCCCGCUCCGGCCGGCCCUGCGCCUCCCGCCGCGCCCGGGAUGUAUUCGUCCCCGCUCUGCCUGACCCAGGAUGAGUUCCACCCGUUCAUCGAGGCGCUGCUGCCGCACGUCCGCGCCUUCGCCUACACCUGGUUCAACCUGCAGGCGCGGAAGCGCAAGUACUUCAAGAAGCACGAGAAGCGCAUGUCCAAGGACGAGGAGCGCGCGGUGAAGGACGAGCUGCUGGGCGAGAAGGCCGAGGUGAAGCAGAAGUGGGCGUCCCGGCUGCUGGCCAAGCUGCGCAAGGACAUCCGGCCCGAGUGCCGCGAGGACUUCGUGCUGGCCAUCACCGGCAAGAAGGCGCCGGGCUGCGUGCUCUCCAACCCCGACCAGAAGGGCAAGAUGCGCCGCAUCGACUGCCUGCGCCAGGCCGACAAGGUGUGGCGGCUGGACCUGGUCAUGGUCAUCCUCUUCAAGGGCAUCCCGCUGGAGAGCACCGACGGCGAGCGCCUGGUCAAGGCGGCGCAGUGCGGCCACCCGGUGCUCUGCGUGCAGCCGCACCACAUCGGCGUGGCCGUCAAGGAGCUCGACCUCUACCUGGCCUACUUCGUGCGCGAGCGAGACGCGGAGCAGAGUGGCAGUCCCCGGGCAGGGAUGGGCUCCGACCAGGAGGACAGCAAGCCCAUCACACUGGACACCACGGAUUUCCAGGAGAGCUUUGUCACCUCCGGUGUGUUCAGUGUCACGGAGCUCAUCCAAGUGUCCCGGACCCCCGUGGUGACUGGGACAGGACCCAACUUCUCCCUGGGGGAGCUCCAGGGGCACCUGGCAUACGACCUGAAUCCAGCCAGCACGGGCAUGAGAAGAACCCUACCCAGCACUUCCUCCAGCGGGAGCAAGCGGCACAAAUCGGGCUCGAUGGAGGAAGACGUGGACACGAGCCCCGGCGGCGAUUACUACACCUCGCCCAGCUCUCCCACGAGUAGCAGCCGCAACUGGACUGAGGACAUGGAAGGAGGCAUCUCGUCGCCGGUAAAGAAGACAGAGAUGGACAAGUCACCUUUCCACAGCCCAUCUCCCCAGGACUCACCUCGCCUCUCCAGCUUCACCCAGCACCACCGGCCCGUCAUCGCCGUGCACAGCGGGAUCGCCCGGAGCCCUCACCCGUCCUCCGCCCUGCACUUCCCCACGACCUCCAUCCUGCCCCAGACGGCCUCUACCUACUUCCCGCACACGGCCAUCCGCUACCCGCCUCACCUCAACCCCCAGGACCCGCUCAAAGAUCUCGUGUCGCUGGCCUGUGACCCAGCCAGCCAGCAGCCUGGACCGUUAAAUGGAAGUGGUCAGCUCAAAAUGUCCAGUCACUGCCUUUCUGCUCAGAUGCUGGUACCCCCGCCCCCUGGGCUCCCGCGGCUGGCGCUCCCCCCCGCCACCAAACCCACCUCCGAGGGAGGAAGCACGUCGCCGACCUCGCCCUCCUACUCUACGCCCGGCACGUCCCCUGCAAACCGUUCCUUUGUGGGAUUAGGACCAAGGGAUCCAGCGGGCAUUUAUCAGGCACAGUCCUGGUAUCUGGGAUAAGAAAGAUUUCUUCCCACGCCCUGCUCCUCCGUCGCGGGAAUCCCAGGGGGCCGCACUGCCGGCCCCGGCCCACGUUUUCAGUGGAAAGUUAGAGCGAGCGAGACGACCCUGCCGACUCCCAGCCUGGCCGGAAAGACAGAAUAGACACACACACGCAGGAGGGAAACAAGCAAAAAGAAAAAAGGCAA